CUUGACUUGCGCCGUAGUGACUGCCAUCGGUGUCUGUCACUGCCCAUAUCCACCGCUGGCCCCUUCUUCAACACUGCACCGCGACCACUCGCUCGACCUGGACUUCUUGAGUGACAGUUCUGGGUCUUCGACAACAAUCAUCGCCAACAUCUCACAGUAUCAUCCACUACAACAGCACAUCCGCCCGCAAUGUCGCUGUCUUCGAAACUCGCCUCGUACAAGCAGGAGCUGGCCGAUGCCACUACUAGAAACACAGCUCAUUCUCGCCCAGCAGGCGCGUCUGCAGCCCCCGCCCGCACCACGACACCAAAGCCCGCCACGCCUGCGCCCGCUGCAGAGGCUGCGAAGCGCACUCACGAGGAAGCUUUUAGCGCACCGGCUGCUCCGGGCGUCGCAUCAGGAUUUGGAGAAGAGCUGUUGACACAAGUACACUAUGCGAUCGACAAGCUCAAGUCGAACAAGCUGGAGCCCAUCACCUUUGACAGUCUGAUCAAUUACCUGUCGCUCCCCAACGACGCACUGAAGAGAAAGCCUGUCAUCAAGAAAGCGCUCCAGGUCAACGAGCGUGUCGAGUUCAUCCCAGCAAAUCGCAGCACGAGCGGCAAGGACUCCUUCCGCUACCGCCCAAAGCAUCCGGUCACUAAUGGUGAGGAGCUGAAGAGCUAUCUUGCUCGCCAGAUCACUGCGGCAGGAAUACCUGUGAAAGAGCUCAAGGAUGGCUGGCCAGACUGCCAGAAGACGAUCGAUCAGCUGGAGAAAGAGCACUUCCUGCUAGCUACGCGGAACAAGAAGGACAACACAGCGAAGAUGAUUUGGCCGGACUCGCCAGCAUAUCACACCGAGGUCAGCGAUGACUUCAGAAACUUCUGGUCAAAGACCAAACUGCCCGCGACGGAGGGCGAGAUCCGCAAUGACUUGGAGAAGGCCGGCAUUACCCCGACCAGUCAAGUGAAAGAGCUGAAGCGCAACGAUAUGAAGAAGAAGGAGCGCAAGAAGCCGAACAGGAGGGGCGGCAAGACGACCAAUCACCAUAUGAUGGGAAUUCUCAAGAACUAUGAUCGGAAGUAGUGUCCAGUCGACGCUCGUGGGAAAUAGCACGUGUAGCGAGUUGUAUUUUGACAUUAGCGUGGCGUUGGUGGUUUAUGCGAUUAACAAGAGAGCAUACAGAUGCGAAGCUGUGUUGCAUUGGUUACGCUGUAUUUUAUGAUGGGUGCGGUGUCUAGACUGCCAUAGCUCGCUGCGAUGCAUGCAUGCUAUUGAACUGAAAGACCACAUCUGAUCAAUUUUCAUCCCAUUAUGAACCCCUUCGCGAUGUCUCCUAUUGGGCCAGUAUCUACUCGCACAAGGUUGCACUCUUUCAGUCCUUUCACUAGCGAGGAAGUUGCGUCCACGGGCUGAGUAGGCGCGCGUG